CGACUAUAUCCAACACAAGGAAACUUUUAAAAUUUAGUUUUCCAUUUUGUUUUCUGGCGGUUGGAUCCAAAAUGUUUACGAAAACAGCUGUAUUAUUCUUUUUAGCCCACGCUGUGACUUCUGAAAUAAUAAGAACUCCACUGACGAGGGUGGAAGAAGCAGUCAAACCAUACACUGAAUAUUUCGAAAAUCUCCAACGAUUGUUCCACACAUUUCGAUCCUCCGCUCUAGUUAAAAAUGAAGCCCGGCCAAUAAGCAACUUAGUAUUUUUUCAACAUUAUGGAAAGAUCAGUAUCGGUACGCCACCUCAAGAAUUCAACGUACUAUUCGACACUAUGGCGUCGGAUUUGUGGGUCUUUUCCAAAGAUUCUAUUGAUUGUGCAUUAUGUGCGGGUCAUAGGAAUUACAACUCAAUGGAUUCUGAAUCUUACGUGAGCAAUGGUGACUUUACCUCAUUUUGGUACCUUUACGGGAAUAUGGUUGGGUACCUAUCAACAGAUAGUGUCCAGAUAGGCGACAUGGAGAUAGAAGGCCAAACAUUUUGCGAAGUCAAUAUGGUAAUGGGAGCUCCGCUAUUUUCUAAAACAGUAGAUGGUGUCUUCGGUUUAUCCUUCGGAGACUUAUCGAAAAGAAACAGUCCAGCACCGCUUAAGAAUUUGGUAGACCAAGGUCUUACACAUGGAGUAUUCACGUUUUUACUGAGAAGAAAGGGUUCAUCCAUGGAUUAUUCGCAGAAUGGAGAACUCAUAUUCGGUGGAAUAGACCACAAACUCAUAACAGAGCGAGAGCCAACCUACUCACCUGUAAUUAAAGGUUCAGGUUAUUGGCAGAUAAAAAUGGAUCGAGUGGAAAUAAAUGGAAAACCCCUCGGAUGUACUUAUGGUUGCCAAGCUAUCAUUGCUUCCAAUUUUCCAGGCAUUUGGGGACCAACUGGUGAAGUUGGAUAUAUGUAUAAGGCAAUUGGUGCAGCCCUACACGAGGCUUGUGAACCAGACCGACUGCCAACUAUAUCCUUUGUAAUUAAUGGAAGAAGGUUUAACUUGACCGGUCGAGAUUACGUUUUAGUGGGUCGAGACAACGAAUCACGCAAAGGAUGUGUGCCACAAAUUCAUCAGUACAAUUUUACAAUUUCGGGGGCGGAAUGGAUUUUAGGCGACGCCUUCAUAUCCAAAGUCUACACAAUAUUCGACGUCGAACGAGCGAGGGUAGGCUUCGCGGAUUUCAGAGACGACUCGCACAAAGCGAUAGAUUUUAAGUUGUCGAAGAAAUUCAUAGUCACUAAAAAAGCCAACAGCGCUUCUACAUCAAACAUCAACGUUUUUGCUGCCACUCUAUGCGUAAUUAUUACCUUUUUAUCUCAAAAAUAUAUUUUAUAAGGCAAAAAUAUUUCGCAUUUGAGGCACAAAAACGUAGUUUAUUAGUAGAUACUUAAAAAUCAUUGAUGAUUUACGAUUGGUGAAUGGGAAAAGGUUUAAACGCCUUAAUCGGAGUUAGAAAUGUAAGGAGACUAUAAUUAAACUUAAGGACUCUGUAGAAGGAAGCCAAUUGAGUGGUAAUUAUGCUUUGGCCUGUUUAUAAAUACUGGUUGAGUCCAUGGUGACAAAAAGUGUUGUAGCCUAACAUUCUCGAGACUAGUGGCGCAGGUUCGAAUCCGGCCUGGGCAGGUUAAAAUUUAUUUACGGCAUGGAUCUCGACCUUCUUACAUAGGUUCGAUCGCACCUCUAGAACAACCUUCCCCCCUAAGCCAGAACUGCCGAGGUAGGGGGUAUUAAAAAAAAAAUUGGUAUGUAUACUAUACUUAAACAGCUUAUAUGCUAUAUUGGUGAUCUUGAUUUUUUUUUUUUUUUUUAAGAGCCAUAAUCGUAAAAAUAUAAUUCGUGGCGCUCCCAUCCUUUGAAUAUGAAAGAGGCCUGGUAUCAUUAGAUCAGUUGUCAUUAACUGAUCGAAAGUAAUGAUUAAUAUUUUUAAGAGUGGAAUGAAUUCUGGUGAAAAGCAAAUGGGUAUUUAAGAGUUUUUAGUACCUAAUUAAAUAUUUAAAGUUUGGCCUCCUCCAGAUUGAAAACGCCCCAAUUCCGAGACUUUUCGUAAAUAAAAUAUUCGUAGGUUACGAUGAGAUGAAGCUAUUUACGAAGAUUCAGACGAAUGUUAAUAAUUUGAUAAAAAGGGAUCUGUACCACGGACUAAAUGUCGGAGUAAAUCAUAUGACUUUGUCAGUGGAGCAGUAAGGUUAA